UCUAGGAACUUGCGAAUUCUAGUACAACUAGCAUUCAAAGUACAAAACCUUGUUCCCAAAUUCACUUCCCUCUCUCUGUCUAUUUUGACUUAACUAUGCCACGUCACUUCCCGGCACCCUCGCCGGCGCCGCCACUGUCCUCCGCCACAACCACCGCAACACAGCACCACGUUCUAUUACCUCCGAUCACCGUGGCUUUCUCCUUCCUCAUAGCUCUAACUCUCUGCUUCCGUAAAUUCACACACAAACGCACCUCCCCUUCUACAACCUCCACCUCGCCUCGCCGCUUCUCUUACGCAUCUCUCCGACGCGCAACAGCUUCGUUCUCCCCCUCUCGCCGUCUCGGCCAAGGCGGGUUCGGCUCGGUCUAUAGCGGAACCCUAAGCAACGGCGUGAAAGUCGCCGUCAAGGUGAUGGACUCGGGGUCUUUACAAGGUGAGCGUGAGUUUCAAAACGAGUUGUUUUUAGCUUCUAAGUUUAGUUCUGAAUUUGUUUUGGCUCUAAUUGGGUUUUCCUCGGAUCGGAAACGACGUCGUAUGGUGCUUGUUUAUGAGCUUAUGGAGAAUGGUAGUUUACAGGAUUGUUUGUUUCAUAGGAAGUGUGGGGAGCUGAAGGAUUGGAAAACUAGGUUUUCGAUUGCGGUUGAUGUUGCCAAAGGGUUGGAGUAUUUGCAUUAUUGUUGUGAUCCUCCGGUGAUUCACGGGGAUAUUAAGCCGAGUAAUAUAUUGUUGGAUUGUGAGUUUAAGGCUAAGAUUGGUGAUUUUGGACUGGCGGUGGUGAAACCGGAGGGAAUUGAGGUGAGAAAAGAGUUUAUAAAUGAGGAUAAUGAGUCGGUGAUGGAAGAAGAGGUGGAGAGUGUGGUUGGGAAUAAUGUUUUCGAUGAGUUUAGUUUGGUUACGGAUCAGUCGCCAGAGAGUUUUGUUAGGGUUAAGGUUGGGGAGGUUUCUCCAGAGGGAGUGGUGGAUGUGUCUGUGGGGGCAUCCCCGUCCGGGUGUUUAGAUAAUAGGGAGUUUGAUGGGGAUAGUGUUCUGAGUGGGAAUGAAUUGGUGAAUGUGAAGAGUAAGAAGAGUGGUGCAGGGAAAGAUUGGUGGUGGAAGCAAGACAAUGGUGGAAAUGGGUCGAGCCGUGUGAAGGAUUAUGUGACGGAAUGGAUUGGAAGUGAGAUUAAGAAAGAACCGCCGAAGAUGGAAUUGGGUGGGGGUGAGUCCAGGGUAAUUAGGAAACCUGAGAGGAAAAAGAGUCGGAGAACGUUAGAUUGGUGGGUGUCUUUGGAUGAGGAGAAGAGUUUGAAGAAAGAGAAGAGAAGGCCUGCAAGGGAGUGGUGGAGGGAGGAAUAUAGCGAGGAACUAGCUAAAAAGAAGAAGAAAAAGAAGAAAGAAGGGAAUAUGAAUGAUGACAUAAAUGAGGAGGAAUGGUGGCAAAGGGAUGAUGAUGAUAUGUAUUCUGAUAAAAAGAAAAAAAGGAGAAGAAGCAGGGGUAGCCGGGGUAGUAUUGAUUGGUGGCUAGAUGGGUUGAGUGGUGAGCUUUGGCGAGCUCGUCGCAAUAGUCACGACUCUGUAAGCGGGGAGAUCCCUAAAAGCGGUGGCAUUAGUAGCACACCAAGUAUGAGGGGAACUGUGUGUUAUGUUGCUCCCGAGUGCAGCACUUGUACUGAUCUCUCUGAAAAGAGUGAUGUUUAUAGCUAUGGUGUGGUGUUGUUAGUAAUCAUUUCAGGACGGAGACCACUUCAAGUUACAGGAUCACCAUUGUCGGAAUUCCAACGCGCUAAUCUUUUGUCAUGGGCAAGGCGCCUUGCACGUUCAGGGAAGCUUCUUGAUCUAGUUGACCAAUCAAUUCAGUCUUUUAACACAGAACAAGCUUUACGUUGCUUGACGGUGGCACUACUCUGCCUUCAGAAGUUACCUGCAAACCGGCCUACUAUGAAAGAGGUUGUGGGAAUGCUUUCUGGAGAUUUGGAUACUCCACCAUUGCCUGUUGAGCUUUCCCCUUCACCUCCAUCCGGCUUCACAUCAAGGUCCCGUAAGAAGGCACGUUGAGAUCUGAUGUAUUUGCAAUGUACUGUACAGUUGUAUACUAAUUUGAAUUAUUGCCUAAAUAUCUUUCAAUGUAAAAAACAGGAUUUACAUAGUCAAUGAAUUUUAACUUUUAUUGCUA